AAGGAAGAGGAAAAUAUAAAUUUGAUUGGAUAGUUGUGUUCGAGACUGUACAAGAUCGUGACACCUGAAUCUUGAACAGUGUUUGUUCUUGUGAUCAAUUAUAUAAAGAAACUCAGAUAAGAUCCAAUUGAAAUACUCAGCAGUUUUCAGUUUUUUUUCACUUUUUCAAUUUUAAACUAUCUUGAGUUUGCAUAAUGAGAACUGUUAAAAAUCCUGAAAUAGCUGAAUUGUACACAAAAAUAGGCGAUAAUCCACACUUCUUGGAAGUCCCCAGUGAGAUGCCAUUUGUGGAGUCACCUCUUCACACUGCUGCUUCAGAAGGCCGUACCAACCUUGCUCUUGAAAUCUUGAGGCUAAAGCCUUCGUUGGGGAAGAAAUUGAACCUUGAUGGUCUAAGUCCACUGCACCUGGCUUUGGAUAAGGGACAUACCAACACUGUGAAACGACUUAUCAAGCAUAAUCUGAACCUCAUUCGUGUCCCAGGGAGGGAAGGGAUCACUCUUUUGCAUUAUGCAGUGGAAAAGGAGGAAAUUGAUCUUUUGAUUUAUUUUCUUCUCAUAUGUCCACUCUCAAUAAAUGACUUGACCGUUCGAGAUGAGACUGCCGUGCAUAUUGCUGUAAUAAACAACAAUUUGGGAGCUUUUAAGGUUUUGUUUGGUUGGGCUAAGAGGACAGGUUAUAAGAACGUGUUUCGCUGGAGAAACAAGGACGGCAAUACCUUGAUACAUCUUGCAGCAUUAACAAACCAACCGGAGGUUAUGAAGUCAUUAAUCGGGCUUGUGCAUGUGAAUAAGAAAAACUUAGAAGGUAAGACGGCAUUGGAAAUCCUCAAACCUGAAAAUGAAGAAGCAAGGAAAAUUUUAAUAAGCGCAGGAAAUAAAGAAGGUUCAUCACUUGUCAAUCGUGCCAUUGCCAAAUAUUUACAUAUUCAAGAUGAAGCCACCGUUUUUGAAACGUACUUGAAACCAAAGAUGAGGUUGAUAGAUUAUUUACUCCAAUAUGGUGCUUACCUGGAUCUCGGUUUGUCAGGGGAUAUGCGAAACGCUAUCCUCGUAGUAGUUGUGCUUAUUGCAACUGCUGCGUUUCAAGCCGCUCUCACUCCUCCUUUUUGGAUUUCUCACGGUGAUAAUACUACUUCAACCAAUUCAACUAGCACCAACUUCAAAAAAAAAAUAACCCUAAGUAUGGCAAAAGAGAAUAUAUUUAUCAACACAAUCGCCUUUGGUCUUGCAAUGGGAACGUGUUUAAUACUUACACUUAAUCGAGUCCACUUGUUUCUUUUUCCAUCUGUUUAUCUAUUUUCGUUAAGCUAUGGAGUAUUGGCAUAUGCAAUAUACCCAGGUACAGAAGCUCUAUUUAUCAUAAUUGCAGUUGGGGCAUUAAUCGAACUGUCUCUCAGGAUAAUACAACCCUGGACGAUCAUACUAAUCAAAGGCAAAAUAAGUGGUGAUAUCUGCUACGAAUACAACCCUGCUGAGGUGAUAUAUCUCUUAUUUAGUAGCCAAUAUAUCAAUCAAGGACCCAUACUGACUCGGAUGGCUAAAAUUAAAGCAUCAUGAUGAAGCUACUGCAUCAAAAGUUCUGUCAUGCCUCACAAUCAAUAUUGCAAAAAGGACAUUAAUCAAGUAACUACAUAUUGAUUGGGACGCCAAGGAAAAUAAUUUUCAGUUUAAGUUUAAAGAUAGUAGCAUGCAUGUAACGUCAUCUUAAUAUGAAUUAUGUUUUUCUGUAAGGAUCUGCAGUGAUUGACAAAGAAAAAAUAAAAUUGUUUCUUAUUAGUUUUGGAUUGUGUGCCCAUUUAGUAUAUUUUCCUAUGAUAAAACAAUAAUUUAAAAGAAAUAAAUUGUGGUUGUAUUUAUUUA